ACCAACAGUCGUAAAGAAGAUUUGAUGACGGCGUUGAAAGUUGAACAUGAAGAAGCGCUGAAGAGGAAAAAGACGAAAAGGAACUUGCUAGCAAGCUAAGAGCUUUAGCUGUGAUCUGCGUUACGCAUUUUGAUAAUGGCGCCGUUAGACCUUGAUAAAUACGUUGAAAUAGCAAGACACUGCAAAUACCUGCCUGAAAAUGACCUAAAGAGAUUAUGUGAUUAUGUCUGUGAUUUGCUGCUGGAAGAAUCAAAUGUUCAGCCAGUUGCGACCCCGGUUACAGUUUGUGGAGAUAUUCAUGGUCAGUUUUAUGAUCUUUGUGAGCUCUUCAGAACUGGAGGCCAAGUCCCAGACACAAAUUACAUUUUCAUGGGAGAUUUCGUAGACAGAGGAUAUUAUAGCUUGGAGACGUUUACCCACCUGCUUGCUUUGAAAGCUAAGUGGCCAGAUCGUAUCACACUUCUGCGGGGAAAUCACGAAAGCAGACAGAUAACGCAAGUGUACGGCUUUUAUGAUGAGUGUCAAACAAAGUACGGAAAUGCAAAUGCCUGGCGGUAUUGCACAAAAGUGUUUGACAUGCUUACUGUGGCAGCUUUGAUAGAUGAGCAGGUCCUGUGUGUCCACGGCGGCCUUUCACCUGACAUAAAGACUUUGGACCAGAUCCGAACCAUUGAACGCAACCAGGAGAUUCCCCACAAGGGGGCCUUCUGUGAUCUAGUGUGGUCGGACCCAGAGGAUGUAGACACGUGGGCUAUCAGUCCGCGUGGUGCUGGCUGGCUGUUUGGAUCCAAGGUUACUAAUGAGUUUGUUCACAUCAACAACUUGAAGCUGAUCUGCCGUGCACACCAGCUUGUUCAUGAGGGCUACAAGUUCAUGUUUGAUGAGAAGCUGGUGACUGUGUGGUCCGCGCCUAACUACUGCUACCGCUGCGGUAACAUCGCCUCCAUCAUGGUCUUUAAGGACGUCAACAGACGAGAGCCCAAGCUGUUCCGGGCUGUUCCUGACUCGGAGCGUGUCAUACCUCCCCGAACAACCACCCCCUACUUCCUCUAAUGACACAAGACCAUUGUCUCUUUUCUCUCACCUCUCAAGAAUUAUUUAUAUGCAACAUAUUUUAAGAAAUUCAUAGGAGUGACAUAUCUUUCAGGGUUAUUUAGCGAAGAAAUGGCGUAACCAUUCAUUUUUUUUCUGUUAUAAAGGAAAAUAAGCUUCUCCUUCCCCAAAUAAGAGAAGCAUAUUUUAAUUUUUUCUGCAUAUUUUAAGUGAUCAUAAAAUGUAAACUUGAUGUUUUGUGUCCCACUAAUGAGAAUAAAACAUUUAAACUGAGUGGUAGAUGCCAGUAGUACACAUCAAGUAAAGAGAUAAUAUUGUGUAUAGUGUAGCAUUUUGGAAGGCUAGUUUUCUCUUCACGCUUCUUAAAUUAGAAAGAAAAUUGUUGUAAUAAUUCUUAUUACUUAAACACCUCAGAUCCACUAUGUAAACAACUGUUGACUCCAACCUUCUGCCUUAAGUACUGGUUUUAGUUUUACUCUUCCUUUUUAUAUCUCCUUUUUAAUUUAUUCAUUUUAAAAUAUCCUCCAUUGCUGCACACAUUUUGUUCCUAACAAACGUUCACAAAUGUUGGACACUGUUUAAUUCACUAUUAUUCUAUGUGUCUAUAAUGUGAUAUUGCAGCUACAAUGGCAUUCAUAACUAUUUAAUUUUCAGAGGAUUUUUCUCAACAGCUCAAAGCAAUAGUUGUGUUUAUUGCACAGACAACAGUGUGGUUCUAUUGUUUCCCUGUUUUGUAAUUUGAAUAAAAACAUUAUUCCACAAA